AUAAAUAUGAGACGCACAAACUGCGCAAACACUUCUCCAAAAAUGACCACGAUGCAAAGACAACUGGCGUUCAGGAGCUCCCUCAUCGCUGAUGGUGACUGCUUCGACAUGUGGCAUGACUACAUGAACCUGGGCACACUGCUGGAAAAGCUGUGUGUUGGGCGUAAGAUAGACCACAGAGACACCGAGGGUCCCAAGAAACAGGAGACGGCACUUGGGGCCUACAUCUCCCGGCCCGAGGAUGACAAGAACUCCACAGGGGGCAGUUUGGCCAGCAGCCUGUCAGACACCAGCUGCAGCGGGACUGACUACUGUCGCUUCUGCAAGCAGAACGGGGAAUCUGCAAGGGUGUACCGCUCACACAAGCUGAGAUCGGAAAACGGCAAAGUUGUCUGCCCCAUCCUCUGGAACUACACCUGUCCCAUCUGUGAGGCCACCGGGGACUAUGCGCACACACGCCGGCACUGCCCGCAGGCGCAGCGUCAGGAGGCUGAGAGAAAGAUGCCAGCAUCCCGCUUCUGGUAG